ACAAACGCACACACUCACCUAGUGAGAGAGAGAGAGACAGAUAAUUAAGGAGCGAGAGUAACUUUUAUUGGUAGAGAGAGAUGGAGAAGGGGACAAAAGGGUUCAGCUUUUUGAGGGUGAAAGUGAGAUCUUUUAAGCGCACAUCCAUCUAGCAAGAGGGAAAGGAAGACUCAAACAGAGAGAGAGAGAGAGAGAGAGAGAGGGGAAAAAAAUUUAAAAAGAAAAAAAGACUUAACUUACACGCCAUUGGAGUGUGGAAGAAAGAAGAAAAUGGAAAGCCAAGCUUAACUUCUCCAAAUUAGGGUUUUCAUCUCUCCAAUCAAUUCCUACUACUUCACUUCACUCAGUUUCAACACUCCCACAGAAACUAUGUUGGAAUACGAAUGGGGAAACCCAUCAACGAUAAUGCUCACCGGAAAUGAAGAUGGCGCCGCCGCAGCCGCCGACCAAACCCACCGUCAAAUCUUCGACCACUACGCUUCUCACACCCUCUUGCCCGACCACUUCCUACAUGGGCCCACGCACACUACCGCCCACACAAACACCGUCGAUUUCACCAACCACCACUUCAACCCACAACCUCACCAACACCUUCACCACCACCACCACCCCUUUUUCGAUCCACGCGCCUUCCACGGCGCGUCCUCCACCUCCUACCCCCCUCCCCAACCCCCACCCCCUUCCGUGCUCUCCCUUGACCCGCUGCCUCACGUCAACGCAGCCACAUGUGGGCCUGGACCUGGGCCGGGCCUUCUCCUCGUGCCUAAAUCCGAGGAAGUCGGUCGGCCCAUGGACUUUGUCGGCUCACGAAUUGGCCUCAACCUGGGAGGACGAACUUACUUCUCAUCCUCCGAGGAUGACUUCGUGAGCCGACUCUACCGUCGGUCUAGACCGGCCGAACCCGGUUCGACCGCGUCGAACUCACCGCGGUGCCAGGCCGAGGGAUGCAAUGCUGAUCUGUCGCAGGCGAAGCACUACCACCGCCGCCACAAGGUGUGUGAGUAUCACUCCAAGGCCGCCACGGUCAUCGCCGCCGGGUUGACUCAGCGAUUCUGCCAGCAAUGCAGCAGGUUCCAUCUUCUUUCUGAGUUUGAUAACGGAAAACGCAGCUGCAGGAAGAGAUUGGCAGAUCAUAAUCGCCGCCGAAGAAAAACUCAGCAGCCAACUCAAGAAAUCCCGAAAUCUCAGCCUUCUUUGGAUAAUGUUGCAAGGUCCCCACCGGACUCUGGAGCUCAGUCGUCGUCGUCGGUGACGGUGGCAGUGUCGCCGCCGGAUUACUUCCGGCAAAGGCCAUACCAAAGCACGAGCCCUUCAACAACUUCAAGCUCACUGUUUUUCUCAAGCGGGUAGUGCAUGUUGGAGCAGUUUAAUUUGCAUGGCUAAUGUUUGCAAGAAAUUAGUGGAGGAGCGUCAACAAUAAUAUAUAGUGAACUUCUUCCACUUGUAACUUUGUCCCAAAUUUAAUUUGAAACCUUUAAUCUUGUGUUAUUAGUACGAACGGUGAUUUAAAGCAUCUAUGUUAAUUACCCUUAAUUUUCUACAUGUGUUGUAAUAUAGUAUUUUCUAGCGGAUGAAUGUUAAUUAUUAUUGGGCAUUUGGGUACUACUAGCAAAGGGAAUUCUGCACAAUGUCCCCUACUUUAUGAUCUGUUCAGCUUUCGUUUCACUGCUGUAAAAUUUAGUUAUGGUAAACCGUAGAAGGGGAAAUUGGACCCCUCUAUUUGGAUUUU